AUGCUCAAGCGGGUCCUGGAUGGCGAGCAUUACAAAAUCCCCAGGGUGAUCGAGGACAGCUCCAGCCCGACUUCGGCCGAUAGCCCACUGGCGCUGUCUCUCCACACACCCCCUCACGGCACACAUCCACCGCCCGGGGUGGACCUAGACGACUACCUGCAACUGGCCAUCUACUAUCACGAGCAGGCCGAGCUGGAUAUCAGUAUCUACUACCUGGAGCUUUCCAUCCAAAAGGACAAGAACCCGCUGGCCUUUUUCCUGCUCGGGAUCUGCCUGCGACACGGCUGGGGCCGCGAGCCGAGCCGACAUCGCGGCUUCCAGUGUCUCAUCAACUCGGCCGACCUGAUCCGGCGCCUGACCUACGGCCAGAAAGCCAAGGCCGAGAGCCAUGCCUCAAAGCCCUCGAUAUCCGGCGUCAGCGCACAGCUGACGACGCCCCAGAUGGCCUCCCCGAUGACCUCGAACCAAUCCAUUCCCACCAACUCGCACAUCGGUAGCCCCAUGGGCUCGAUCAGCGCCUUCAAAAGUGCCGCCUCGCUCAGCGUCUUCAAGAGUGUCGCCUCGCUGAUGAGCGUCGCUACCCGCCGCUCGAUCAACAGCACCACUUCCUUUCACACCACGCUGCCCCUGCCGCCCGACAUCGAAGUCGUCAAGGCUAUUCUGCCGCUGCCGCUCUACGAGAUCGGCAUCUGCCUCUCGCACGGUUGGGGCACGCCGGUCUCCAAGUCUGCGGCCGCUUACUACUUUCGCGCCGCUGCUGCAUUCGGCGACCGCGAUGCCGAGCUCGAAUACGGAUACUGUCUCUUGCGCGGCAUGGGCGUUCCCAGGGACAAGCUGGAAGCGGCAAAGUUCCUCCGGUUGGCCGAGCAGAAAGGGUGCAGCCUCACUGGCGAGAGCUGGAUCCACAAGCCCAAGUGGGGUGGCGCAGGCUAG